AUGAGUUACAACAUUCACAUAGAUGAGAAAUGGUUCUACUUGAACCCUGAUAAAAGGAGGUUUUACCUUCUACCAAGUGAAGAGGAUCCAUACAUGGCACAACAAUCAAGAAGAUUCAAGUUAAAGGCAAUGUUCAUGGCCAUUAUUGGUAAGCCAUUGUAUGGCAUAAAUGGUGAACUUGUACAUGAUGGAAAGUAUGGGAUAUUCCCAUUCACAGUCCAGGACAGAGAAAAAAAAUCAAGCAAGAACAGAGCAGCAGGAACAAUGGUGACAAGAGCACUUCAGAAUGUAAACAGGGAGGUCAUUAGGGACAUGUUACUCAACAAAGUCAUUCUAGCAAUCAAGGAAAAAUGGCCAGAAAGUCUGCCCAAGAAUGUUACCAUACAAUGGGAUAAUGCAAAGCCACAUCAAAUACCAAGAGAUGAGGAUUUUGUUGCAGCAACAACAUCCAAUGGGUUUAACAUUCAAUUUGUGUUCCAACCAGCUCAAUCACCUGAUCUAAAUGUGUUGGAUUUAGGUCUUUUCAGGUCUAUUCAAUCAUUACAAUAUCAAUCUUUCCCUAAAAAUCUUGAUGAGCUAGUUGAGAAGAAGGAGAUAGUGCUAGAGGCUUUGGAAUACUUGAACACAAUGUUCAUACCAGCACCAGAUGAGACUCAAGCAACAACACAGGAAAUGGAGGUGGAUGCAGAUUAG